AUGCUGCUGGGGCUAUCUGCUGCCGCCCUCGGUUAUGUUUUUCUCGUGGCCAUAUAUCGCCUAUAUCUUCACCCCAUCAGCAAGUUGCCGGGGCCCAAGCUAGCUGCCGUGACCAGCCUUUACGGAUUCUACUUCAAUGUAGUAAAAGGUGGCCGGUAUUUAUGGGAGAUAGAAAAGAUGCACAAAAAAUAUGGUCCUAUUGUCCGAAUCGAUCCCAACGAGGUCCACAUUGCGGACCCCUAUUUUUACUCGGAAAUAUAUGCGCCAAAAUUACGUGACAAGGACCCCAGGUUCGUUAGACUUGGUGACAUACAAGGCUCCAUGCUCUUCACCGUUGGUCACAACCUUCAUGCUUCGCGUCGCGCUGUCCUUCAAAACUUCUUCUCGAAAAUGUCCAUCUUGGGGCUAGAAUCCAUGAUUCAGAAAAAGGUCGACAAGCUUGCGCAAAGAAUGAAAAUGGCCUAUCAGGCAGGCACGGUCUUUAACCUAGAUGCUGCAUUUGCAGCUAUCGCGUCCGAUGUAAUCGGCGAAUAUGCAUACGGCUUUAGCCUUGACUACUUGGAUCAUGAAGAUUUUGGGAACGAGAUCAGGGAUUCGAUGUUGAGUAUAUUAUCCCUUUCCCAUCUGAUGAUGUUUUUUCCUAUCCCUUUAUCCGUUGUAAAGGCAGUCCCCAAACAGCUUUUGCAAAAGUUUUCUCCGGCGUUAGCAAACAUCCUGUAUGUAAGAGAGUUGGUUCUCGAACAGGCGAAAUUCGCACUGAAAGAAAGUGGUAAAGGAGGCUCAGGCAAAAAAACAAUCUUUGAGGCUCUUGCUGAUCCUAGCCUACCUCCCGAGGAAAGGGCCCCUACCCGGAUACGCGAUGAGGCUUUGUCUCUACUGAAUGCAGGGACUGAGACUACUGCAGGGAUACUAAGGGCCAUCUUCUUCCAUCUGCUACACGAUAAGACUAAGCUGCUUAAUCUUCGCAACGAACUUGAACAGUCCCCCAGUGCUUCAUUUGCAGAACUGGAAAGACUGCCCUACAUGAGGGGAGUGAUAAAUGAAGGACUUCGACUUGCCGGAGCCAUCGGUCGAUUACCUCGGUGUGUGCCGACAGGCACUGGACUUAUAUAUGAACAAUGGGUAAUCCCACCAAAGGUGAUGAUCAGCCAAUGCAAUCUUUUUAUACACAUGAACGCCGACUUAUUUCCUGAUCCACAUUCUUUCGACCCUGAGCGUUGGAUUCGAUCACAAGAAAAUGGCGAUCGCUUAGAAAACAUGCUCGUCGCCUUCUCUAAAGGACCCAGACAAUGCUUAGGUAUCAACCUUGCUACUGCAGAACUGUAUCUGAUUGUUGCCACUCUGGUGCGAAGAUUUGACAUGGAUCUAUAUAAAACGACAUUUGAAGAUAUUGAGACCUAUAGGGACUACCAGGUCGGAUUUCCAAAAGAGAAGAGCCCUGGGCUGAGAGCUAUCAUCACUCAGGAUCUGUGUUCGUAG